AUUCAGACUUGGCUUCUUUGUGCGUGUUGAUUGAGUGAGAGCUCCACUGCACUUUUGGGAAAUUUAUUUUUUCGACAAUUAUAAUUAAAAUCGGUCGGAAACUAUUUGUAAUUUAGAAUCAAAUUUCAAAAACCUGCAAGAUGAGUGUGUUGGAAUAUCCAGACAUCACUAUUGAACAUAAGGGACAAAUGACCAAAGGUCGUUUGAAGCUGACUGAUUCAACCAUCAUCUUUAAAAACAGCAAAACUGGAAAGCUUGAACAGCUAUCUUCUGGUGACAUUGAUAUCGUCACAUGGCAGCGCUUCGCUGGUUCUUGGGGACUGCGAAUCUUUGCAAAGUCUGGUGCGCUCUUGAGAUUUGGUGGAUUAAGGGAAUCCGACAAGGAAAAGGUGGCCAAGUUCUUCGAUUCAAAUUACGGGGUGAAAGUGGUUGACAAAGAAUUUAGUUUGCGAGGCUGGAAUUGGGGAACUGCUAAAUUCACUGGAUCCGUUUUGACAUUUGACAUUUCACGUGAUCCAGCCUUCGACAUCCCGUUAGGAAACGUGUCACAAUGCACGACAGGAAAGAACGAAGUCACACUUGAAUUCCAUCAGAAUGACGACGCUCCGGUUUCCCUCAUGGAGAUGCGAUUCCACAUCCCUUCCUCCGAAUUGGCUGGAGACGACCCUGUGGAAUCAUUCCGGGAACAAGUGAUGGGGAAAGCGUCCAUUAUUUCGGCGGUGGGCGAGUCUAUCGCCAUAUUUCGCGAGGUUGCCUGCGUCACACCCCGUGGGCGAUACGACAUCAAAAUGUUUCCCACGUUUUUCCAACUUCACGGGAAAACUUUCGACUACAAAAUCCCAAUGUCCACCAUUCUUCGCAUGUUUCUCCUCCCGCAUAAGGAUGGGCGACAAACUUUCUUUGUCAUCAGUUUGGAUCCUCCAAUUAAACAGGGACAGACGAGAUAUCACUUUUUGGUAUUUGUCUUUAGCCAGGAAGAUGAAGAUAUCUCUAUUGAGCUCCCAUUUUCAGAACAAGAACUCAAGACAAAGUAUGAAGGUCGUCUUCAGAAAGAACUCAAUGGGCCAAUGUUCGACGUGAUUUCCCGUGUAUUCAAGGCCCUCGUGAACCGCAAGAUUACCGUGGCUGGAAAAUUCACUGGACAUUCUGGUACCCCUGCGAUCGGAUGUUCCUACAAAUCCGCUGUCGGCUACUUGUAUCCUUUGGACCGAGGUUUCAUUUACGUGCAUAAACCUCCAAUGCAUAUCAGAUUUGAGGAAAUUGCGAGCGUCAACUUUGCUCGAAGUGGGGGCAGCACGAGAUCUUUCGACUUUGAAGUCGAGCUGAAGAAUGGAAUGGUCCAUACCUUCAGUUCUAUUGAGAAGGAAGAAUAUCACAAAUUGUUUGACUUCAUCACCGACAAGAAGCUCCGUGUCAAGAAUCGUGGAAAAAUGGACAAACCCACAUAUACCGGCGAUUUUGAAGAUUCCGAUGCUGAAGCGGAACCAGAUGCUUAUCUUGCUCGUGUCAAAGCUGAGGCGGAAGAACGGAGUGAUGAUGAAGAUGAAUCUUCCGAAGAUGAGGAUUACAAUCCGGACAAGGAUAAGCAUAAGCCGAAAGGGGAUGACAGUGGGAGUGCUAUCUCCUCUGACGCUGAAUCUGAGGAUUAUGAUCCCGACGAAGUUGGGAGUGACAUGGACACCAAUCCAAAUCCAAAGAAAAAAUCUAAAAAGUCCUCUGGCGAAAAGCGGGUUAAAAAGGAUAAGAAGAACAGGAAAGAGAAACGGUCUAAAGAUUCCAACGCACCGAAGCGUCCGCUAAGUUCCUACUUUUUGUGGAUGAAUGCAAAUCGUGAGUCGGUCAAAAAGAAAAAUCCGGGUCUGAGUGUGUCUGAUCUAUCCAAGAAGUUUGGAGAAAUUUGGCGAACGGUGGAUGCAGAUGAUAAAAAGGAAUGGGAUGAAAAGGCCCAAAAAGCGAAGGAACGUUAUGAUGAGGAGAUGAAAGAGUACAAGAAGAAAGCUCCCAUCCUCCCUCCUUUACCCUCUAGUUCCAAGUCGAGCAGUAGCAAGAAAUCCUCUUCCAGCAAAAAGACGUCCUCGCCAAAGAAGAAGUCGAGCGACACUGGAGGGAUGGGAACAAACUUUAAGAGCAAGGAGUUCAUCUCAGACUCUGAUGAUUCCAGUUCCAACUCUGACUCGGCCAAGAAAAGUAAAAAGAAAGGCGGACCAUCUGGAAAGGGAGACAAGUCUGCAGACAAAAAAGCGAAUAAGGGAAAGAAGCCAGCCUCGGACGACUCUGACGAAGACGAGAAGGUUGCAUCAGACGCUUCAUCAGCUGCAAGUGAGAGUGGCGGAGGCGGAUCUGACAGCGAUUAAACAUAAAAAUCACCAUCUCAAAUACGAAUGCGUUUCUAAUAAAAAAUAUAAUAGCAAUUAAUUUUUAAACGUUUUCUAUUUCUAAAAAAAAUUAUUAAAUUUUAAUUGUUCACUUGAAUUAUUGUACCCUUCCAUUUUUUUAUACACUAAGAUAAACCAAUAAUAACUCGACAAAUGAAAUAAUUUAAAUGCCAGCAUGUCUUUAGUUCACCUUAAAAUGUAAAGUUUAUUUAUAUACUUCGUAAUUAAUUGACAUUUGAUAUUAAUAAUUUCUCAAGUAAUUAACUUUUCCAUAUGUAAUGAUAAGGAAUACUUAUUCAUGUGGACGUUGUAACUGGGUCGGUGCCGGUAAACGAAGAAUCGUAUAUUUAGUACAACACUACACUAUUAUUAGGAUUUAAAUGAUAUUUUGUGAUAUGAUAUCACAGCAAGCUCUGUGAAUGAAUGAAUUUGACGUUUGUAAAUGUCGUGUGUCGGAUUGUGGCGUUGUAUUUGUCAAAAAUAAAUAAUAAAUACAUUAAAUUAA